AUGGGCACGGCAGGCGCCCCCCUCAGCGCCACCUCGGUGACUGCUGUGGCAGGCGGGGGCCAGGCUGGGGUUGAUAAAGAUGCUUUGGAUACCCAGAUUAAGGAAAAGAAAAUUCAAGAAGCAACUGAAAAAGCACAAAAUGAAAAACUUGCCAGUGAAAUGAAGCAAAAUGACAAGAUCAUGUGUAUGUUAGAAGAAAGACAAAAAAAUGAUAUCAGAAAUAUGAAUAAGGCUAUCAGUGAAUUUCGGAAGAAUUUUCAGAAGCCAGAAACAAGACGUGAAUUUGACCUGUCUGAUCCUCUAGCCCUAAAGAAGGACACUCCUGCUCGACUUUCAGACAGUGAUCCUCGAUGCACUGUAUCUGGCUUGCAGAAGUUUAUGGGUGAAGAUUUAAACUAUGCUCAGAGGAUGAAAUUUCAAAAGGAGCAAUUAAGAGAAUGGUCUCUUCAACAACAGAGAGACUGGAAGAAUGUAUUAGCUGAUAAAAAAUUUUCAGAUGAUCUCUACGACAAGAAUAGGAUUGAACUUGACCAAAAAGCUAUGGAGCUACAAAGAGCAGAGGAAGAAACCAGACGUGCUGUUUGUGCAGCUACUAAAGAUUUUAAUAGAACCCAGGCUGAUGAACUAGCUGAGAGGAAGAAGCUAGAAAAGUAUAAAACAAUGAAAGAUGACAUGGCUGAAAUUUCCAGCCUCCUUCAAGGUGACUUACUGUCUGAAAACCCAGAACAAGCAUCUAGUUCCUUUGGUAGACAUCGUGUGAUCACAGAUCGAUGGAAGGGAAUGAAUCGGGAUCAGCUGAUGGCAAUUCGUUACACCCAACAGCAACAAAUUCUGGAGAAAAUGAGACUAAAAGAGGAGGAACGACAAAGAAAUGCGGAGUGGGACAGGCAACGUAUACAGGCUGCCAGGGCGCAGUUGCUUUUAGAGCGACAUCAGCAACGACAGAAUCAAGAAUGCCGCCGAGCUCUAGAUAGUGUAAAUGCAGUGCUAUCCCAGGAGCAGAAAUCAAAGAACAUGUAUCUUAAAGAAGAAGCAUAUUCGAAUUUUCCAACAGCCCAGUAUUAUGCACAAUUUAAUACAACCAGCCGAUGACAUUCUAGAUACGUCACUCUGAAAUAUAUAUGAGUAUGUAGAAAUAUUAAAAUUUUUAAUUUAGCAGCGCAAUGUCCCUUUUUUGUUUUUUGUUUUUUUUUUUCUGUUCCUCACCCUGUUCACACAGUGCACUCAAACUAGAUGAUGGCCCGUUGGGGCACGUUUAUGCUAAGAGGAGAAUCAUUUUUAAACAUGACUGUUUUUACCAAAAAGUACUGGUAGAUAGUAGGUUGUUUGGCCAUUGUGUCUCAGAUUUAAGUGCAGUAUUUAUGUUAUACAUGCCUUUAGAAAUCAAUUGCUGGAAAGAAACUAAAUUUUAAAAUAGUGCUGCUUGAUGCACCUUUGCCAGAGGGAAUGCUACCUAAUGUAGAUCACAGGUGACAGAACCUUGUGGCUUCUGUGUGAGGGAAGAAAGGUGGAUUUAUUUAAAAAAUAAGCAGCCAGGAAUAAAAGCAAGCAAAGAGGAGGAAAUGGACAAGCUGGCCAGAUGCAUUCAUUUUGUUCCCUGAAAAGUAGGAACAAGAAGAGAAGAUGUGGAUAAAUACUGAUGGAAUGAUAGCACUGAGGCAUGAUGCAGCUAUGGAACAUGUGUAAGUGCAUACAUGUGGGGAACGUAUUCCUGUGUGUACUAUCACUCAUUAAAAAUAAUGGAGAAAAUAUGAGGACAGUGUGCUUCUAGAGGAGAGUUUAAGGAGAAUUUAAGACAUGAUGAAAGAAAGAAAAGAGCAGAUGCAUGCCAAACAAGAUGGAGGAAGGUCUCAGCGCAUGCAGCAUAAUUCACAAAAGCGUGUUGCUUCCCAUCAUUAUGGCUACAGAAGAGACUUACCAAUGGAAGAACCAGUCAGUGGUACUUGUGAAAUGCAGAAGUGAAACAGACGGGAGGAAAAUAGGGAGAGUCAAGGUAAGAAACUAACCCCAUGAUAGAGAAAUGGGUGAUGGAGAUAUCCAGAAAAUUAAAUCCCAGAGGAAAAGAGAUAACAUACAGAAGACUGAGAAAGGGAUAGAAGACUUAAUGAUCUAAAACAGAAGAAAGAGUGAAUGAGAGAGAGAUGGCCAGACAUUCACAUAAAUACCUAAGACCUCUAAGAGACUGUGAACUCUUAGUUAAGAAUGGAUAGGCCGUUCAUGACAGUAGGUCCAGAAAUAAGUUCUUGUAUUUUGCCAGAAUCUGGGGAGUAAACUUAGGGUAAAAACAUGAUGAUGAUAUUGGCAUGGAAUCCACUGAUUGUCCUUGGUGUCAGGAUAAGUGAUAACUUCAAAUUCUGCUGGCAUGGUUGAAGAUGACUCCGCAAAGCUUAACUAGGAAAGAUGUUUAAAGAAACUGACGCUGAGGUAAACUCUAGCGAAUUAUUCUGGUCUUUGAAAAUAAUGAAGACUACAUGGUUCUCAAGAUAGAUAUUAUUAGGGCGAUUUGAGAUGUUUGACUAUGUGGAAAUCUUCCUUGAAAGAGGACUCUAUUCAAAUAAGUCUGCUCAGCCGACAUAGUGGCCUGUGGGAGCAGGCUGAAAAGACUUACUACAGUUUUGAACUAGGAAAUAACAAGAGAAGUCUGGGAAAGACUCCCAUGUUAAUCCCUCUAGAGUCAGGAGUAACGAGGAAGAAAAUUUAAGUGAUGAGAAUAUGAAAAUGGGUAAAGAAAGGUUUUGGGACAGGAUAACCCGUAGCACGAAGUGUACCAAUGUUACAACUGGACAACUGGAACUAAUUCUAUGUAUAUAGAAACUAGGUGGAAAAGCAGUGUGGCUGGAGAAUAGGAACUGAAAGAUGCGCAAAUCAGGAAAGUUGGAAGAUAAAGGUGAGAGAAGAUCACACUGCACCUUUAAUGAUGAGAUGGACUACAAAGAAGUAAGAAGGGGUAGUAUUCAAGAGAUUCUAUUGUGAUAGCAUAGAAUUGCUUAUUUGUCAGGCUAGAAUUCACUCAUGGUGAGAUACCUUUGUAAUAUUACCAAGAACGAUAUUAGAUUGACCAUAUCAAGAGUGCAUCUGAUUGUCUUAAAAGACAGGCCACCAAAUGGGGCAGGAAGAACAGAACAAUGGACUGUCUACAGUAGCAUUCAUUUAACUUAAGUUGUUCUUCAUCUAUGUUUGAUAAUACCAGACUCUGACUCUCUUUUUUUUCCCCCUUUAAGUUAUAGUUACCUGACAGAAAAGUUAAUAAAGAAAAAGUGUGGAAAACUUCAUUGCCUCAUCUUCAUUCAUGCAACUCAUGAGUAGAUGUUUAUGGACACUUGUGAAAGGUGUACAGUGUAACUAAAAUAUGCUAGAGCUAGUCAGGUGGCAUUUGAGCUUUCUUAAGGAAGGGCUACAAGAUCAAAUCCUUUUUGUACUUAGUUACUCACUUUCAUAACAACUUGUAUACACAUAUGAAGACCCAAAAAGGAAACAGUUGCACUAUGAAUAAACUUUAGCUAGAAAUUCAAAUAUGAGGACUUUGACGGUUCCACAGCUGGGAAGGAUUAGACAUUACGAAGAUUCUCAGAAAACUUUGAUGACAUAAACUGUUCUUGCAAAUAUGAUUACAAGAACUAUACUGCAUUCUACCUGUUGCUUCAGAAUAGAAAAACUGAAAAUGAUUUUAGAUGUUAAAAGUAAAGCAUAAUCAAGUUGUACUAAACAUGCUAAUGCAAGGUAAAACAGGUCUGAUUAAUUACUGCAAAUGUUCUAUGCAAUUUUUUUUUAUUUUGCACUGAAAAAGCCAUGUUUUCAGUUGUCUAUCUCACCUGGGUAGGUAAUAAUGAAGUGCUGGUGAGGUGCACUAACUGCACUAAACCUGUAUGGCUGUAUAACAAACAAGAUGUUGACCUUUUCAGCUGUUAGCUCAAGUGCUCCCAAGUGCUUUUGAAAUAUGUCAUUCUUACAAUUUUUACUGCUGAAUAUUUAAAGGUAGAUUAGAUCUAUUAAAAGUGUUAACUGAUUGAAGGUGGUGUUUGAAGACAUUUUUGGCUGCUCUGUCGCGUGAUAUGAGAAGCGCCUAACGCUCUUCAGUGUUGCGAGUUCCUACUGCUGUUCUUACAACUAAGCUAAUUACUUAGGUGCUGGCACUAUGGAAUUGUCCAUGUGUUUCGAUGGUUUUUAUGGAGCUUUAUCAAAGUCAUUAGAGUAAGGUGUAAGUUCGAGGAUCUGAUUUAAGGGAGGAAAAUGGCAAUCAGUGCCUAUCAUGUUUAUGUUUCAAAUUUUGCUUGUAUCAGUUUCCUGCACUACUGAUACUUUGGAUUAAUAAUCUUGGAAAAUGUAUAUAUUAAAAAAGAAGUUACAGUGAUUGAA